AUUAUCCUAGCCCCACGGUGGGCGCCAAACUAUUUACCCCGAAUUUGGAUAAUCAAUCAAAUUUGUGAGUGAGGUAUAUGAUAGGUGGUUGUGCCUUAAAUAUACUUGAUAGAGAAGAGAAAUAUAUGAAUAUAUACUAUAAGGAAGCAACUGAUAAUCGAUGGUCUGCUAUAGACUUGUAUGUUUACUAAUAUAUGAGUGUUACUUGAUUGAAGAAAUGGAAGAGAUAAAAACAACAAAUAUGGACCGAAAUCUGAUAUUUGAGAGAGAGAUUUUAUAUAAUUUUUGCUAUUACAAGAGUUCUUGAUAUGAGAGAGCCAACCCCUUAAAAGUGGGAAUGACCCUUAUUUAUAGUGUUGCCUCAUGGGCCCCUUACAAUAAGAGAAAACUCAAAAAUAAAGAAAAGACUCUGACUUGGAUCAGGUUGGGUUAGGUUGGCCGUACGGUCUGACACCCGUAUGAUUGACAGUUGAACAUGGCAGGACGUUAUCGACGCGUGGCAAUCGCGCAACGGAUUUCCCGGACCAAUGGCCACGAAUAGACGGACUACCAGUCACGACCAAACGGACCAACGGCAACAACAAACUCGGCCAUGAAGAAGCCGGACCAAAUGAUGCCCUUCCUUGGCUUCGGUCCAAGCGUUCUUCCGGUUCGAACGAAAGUCUUCAUGCGUGUUCUUGUCCCCCUCUUCCUUCGGUUCCUGGUCUUACCGGUUUAACGCAUAUCCGAUUUUUACCGUAUACAAUAUGACCUCACAUCCAUCUUAAUUAACAACAUCCACAUCUCUGUAUAUCAUGAAGAAAUUCGUUGUAAAAGUUGAAACAUUUUAUAAAACACCUCAUAAACUUUUUGUCAGAAAUGAAUAACUAAUUAACUAUUGAAUAGGAAAUUAGAGCUAUGUUUGGUCACGCGGCCAAAAUGUAUCUUAAGUAUUUUUAUUAAAAGUGCUUUGGUAGACUCGUAUGUAUUUGGCAAAAUAAUUUGUAAAGCAAUUUUGUUACUUGUUUAUGUUUCACCAAUAUUAUGAAAAAGAAAAUUACUACUACUAACUAAUUCGGCAAAAAUGAUUUCUUAUAUAGCAUCUUGUCCUAUAAACAUUAGGAAAAAUAUCUUGUUCCAUAAAAAUCAAAAUCACUUAUCUUGAGAAGCUAUGUUUUUCACCCUCUGCUUAAGUAAGUCUAUCACUACUCAAAAAGCACUCAUUUCUCCACUAAAAACUUGGUCAGACACUUUAAUGGUCUAAAAAUAGUGUUUUUUAAAAGUAAAAAUAAAAACAUGUUAGGCCUUUCAAAAGUUUAGUCAAACAGUCUAUCAAAUUCGUAGAAAAUUCAGUUAAGCAGCUUCUUUAAUGACGUCUACAUCCGGAAAAUGUGCUGAGUUUUAUUCCCCACGUUUGUCUGUUAGAUCCACUUAACUGACCUUGCUUAUGCUUCUCCAUCUUUCUCUCUAUAAUUACAUUAUAAUGUAAUUGCAUGAGAAUACUUUCAUCUUCACUUUUCUUCAACUCUAUUACUAUUCUUCACUUUUAGUAAUUAUUUCGAGUUUAGUGCUCUACUCGUUUUCUUUUUUUUUUCGUUGUCUACUUUUACAGUGGUAUGAUCGCGAUGACAUCUUUAUAAGCCCAUGCAAGGUCCUCUAAUUUUGAAUAAUUAUUGGUCAGGUUACCCUUUUGAGUACUCCAAAUUCUUGGAUUCCUUAAUUAUUAAUUUUGAUUAAAAUAAUAUUCAGAGCACAUCGAGUCCUCUAUAUAUAGAAUUCCAGAGAUAGUCGGAUAUUCCUGCAGAGAAGUCUUGCACUGAAGAGUUAGCUCUAGUAGAACACAACAUGGGUGGUCUUGUACACAUACAGUUUGUUUUUGGGAUUUUAGGAAGUGCUGCUACUGUCUUCCUCUUCUUGGUACCAGUGUUCACCUUCAAGAGGAUCUUCAAGAACAAAUCGACUGAACAGUUCUCUGGCAUACCUUACGCCAUGACAUUUCUCAACUGCUUGGUUUCUGAAUGGUACUGUCUGCCUUUUAUAACAUCGGGCAAUAUUCCAGUAGCAACAAUCAAUGGGGCUGGAGCUGCAAUUGAGUUGGUUUACGUGCUCAUAUUUUUCUUAUAUGCACCCAAUAAACAAAAGGGAAAAAUCUUAGCAAUGUUCUUUUUAGUCCUCUUGGCUUUUGCUGGUACAGCGCUUGUAUCUGUGCUUGUUUUUCAUGGGAAAAACAGGAAGUUAUUCUGUGAUACUGCUGCCACCAUCUUCUCCAUUGUUAUGUAUGGAUCUCCUAUGUCUAUCAUUCGACUAGUAAUCAGGACAAAGAGCGUUGAGUUCAUGCCAUUCUUCCUGUCAUCUGCCGUUGUCAUACCUUGCUCCUGCUGGUUUAUCUAUGCCAUGCUAGGAAUAGACCCAUUGAUUGGCAUUUCAACAGGCGUUGGCUUGGGCUUAGAAAUAGUUCAGCUGAUCUUAUAUUUCAUUUACUGCGACAAGAAAGUUUUAAACAAGACAUCUGCUGAUGUGCCCCUUGAGAUGCGCAACGGCCAUAGCCAGAGGCGGAGCCAGGAAUUAGGCAAAGAGCGUGCAAAUUUUCUUCUCACUUAUGUUAAGGGUGUGCAAAAUUAAAUAUAUACUCAUAAUAGCGAACAUUUAACCUAUGUAUACCGUGUAAUUUUCUGGCGAAGGGUAUGCACCUGACUGUUGACACCCAAUUUUGUCCCGCCUUCCUCCAAAAUAUUUAUUUACACUUCUAAUAUUUUUGGCAAUUUAAGAAAUAAUUAUU